GUUAGUUCAUUCCACCGUAGUGUUGCGUAUCUCGUUGACAUUUACAGUUAUACAUUGUUUUAAUAUUCACCGUCAGUCUCUCUCUCAUCCUUUGCUUCAUAGAGGCAACUGACCGAUACGAUUCAUCCAUUACCCUUGCACAUUGCGGGCGUCGGAGCAUGGCACCCACCAAAUCGGACAAGCGCACUAAAUCGAAAAAGGUGAACAAUGUCAACGGACCUUCGGGAGCGAGCGAAUCUACCACGGAGUUACGAAAGGCAUCUAGUGCUGCGACCUCGGACGAUGACUACGAAAAGUACAAGGUCGAUGAAUCGCUCAUGGCUCGCCUGAGUGAAGAAGACCAGGCACUCGUCGACGAGAUGCAAGCCAAGGAACUCCAAGACUUUAUCGACGACCGGGACGAUGUCUUGCGCCAACUGCCCCAGAGUGUUCAAGAAUCCUUCGGUACCAUUGGAUUCGCAAAGUUUGGACAAGUCAAGGCCUGGCCUGUCCUAGUGUUGAACCCUUUUGACGUUCCACCCCAACCCGUCCGAGCCAUGUGGAGAACCAUGUUUGCUAGAUUGAAAAAAUCGGAACAGUUGGACAAACUAACUUGCCUCGUUUACUGGUACGGAUCGAGGGACGAUCCCAACAAUAUGUACAGUUUCAUCCCCCGGAAACUCGUCAAGAAAUACGAAUCCGUCGUCAAGAAUGGAGAAUCGCCCGUGGUACCGAAAAAAGCCGAGUUGCGCAAGGCGUAUGACGAAAUGUUGGCAGAUGUGGAUCUUGACCCGGCAGAACGCAAGCGUCAUGUUUUGACUUUUUCGGAAGAAUGGGAAGUGAAAGUGGAACAGUACGCCUUGGCGCUCGAUAAAAAAGCUACAGCCCAAGACACCAAUUCCAAGAAAAGACGAGCCAGUGAGACUAGCGCGAAGAAAGGACUGAAGCAAUCCAUUCCCAAAAAGCGUCGUACCAGCGCAACCGAACACGCUAAAACCGACACGUCUGCGAUGAGCAUACCGAGUGAUAGCGAAGAAAUUGACAAGGGAGCAAAAGCCUUGAUUGAAGAUCCCGGAGAAGAAAACAAAGUUGGUCAGAAGAAAGGAGUGGUCAAACAAAGAACCGGCAAAAAGAAAACCGUCGAAAAAAAAACAGGGUCAAAGAAGAAGAACGGCAAACCAAAGGAUGUAGAUUCACAAAGCGUAACGGUCGGCGAUGAAAUGGAUUUUGCGGACAUGGAAUCAUCGGAUGAAGCCCUGCAAUCCGAUGAUGAUAAAAAGGACGAUGAUUUCGAGGCUGAUCAUCUAUCAGAAGACGUUGAAAAAGACGAAAGCUACACCGAUGCACUGAAACCAAAAGUUGAAAAAGUUUCAAAAAAGAGCGACAAGAAAGCAACGGCUGCAACGAAAGUCUCCAAACCUAAGGAACCAUCAAAAGCAAAACUGAAGCAAAAGUUUCAGGAAAACGAAAAGGUGUUUGGCCCGAUACUACAGACAUGGGCUGACAAAAUUAAAAAAAAGGACACAAGCAAACUUCAGGCAAUGAUCAAACAAAUUUCUGCAUGCUACACUGACUUUUCUGUUCGAUUCAUCGAGCUGUACCCUGUGCCUGACCUUGUGAAGAGGACAAAAGUUGUCUUGAAAGAAAAGAAUGCGGAUCUCACGGACCUAGUUGCGUUGAGAACAAAGUUGAAUUCUUUCUACAUGGAAGAAAAGAACAAGGUCCCGGAGUCUUUUAAGCCGAAACCGAAACGGCAGAUAUCAACCGGAUCUAGCUUAAAAGAAUCCCAAAGCAGACUCACUGUCAAUGAACCAAGUAUGUCUACGAAGGCAAGCUCACAGUCGACGAUCGGCGCAACUGCGGUAAUGGCUCCGUCACGACCCGGUAUUGAACAACCUGGCGAUUACAAAAGAAAGCAAGAACAGAGGCAGUCAGAACCAGAAGCAAAUAGAGAAAUGACUUCUGCUAUCCCAAAACACGAUUUGAAGACACACGCGUCGUCUAAACCGGAUAAGUUUUUAAAACCAGAAAAGAAGAAUUUCAGCAUCGGAAAUUACGUCAAAACAACUCUGCAGGAAGCUGUUUCGGCGUCCAAGACGCCGGUUGUAACUAGCCGAGCAGUGAGUGUUGCCAAGGUCAUACCGGCUUGGAUCACAGAGGAGACGUCAUUAGAGCCCCCGACCGAUCAAGACCGCUCCUUAGGCUUGGAGUUUCUGCGACAAAUGGCAACAUGCUUUCCGAGCGGCAAUAUAAAUGCGGAGUCACUGGCUCUGUCGAUCGAAAAAGCUAUCAACGACUGGUCUGUUAAGCAAUCAUUGGUGUCGCCUUCUGAUUUCGCUUGGCGGGACGCAUACUGGGAGCGCGUUCACGCAAUCGUCGCCGCUGUCUGUGGGAAGCGCAAUUCAGGUACACUGAUGAAUCUAUUACUAAACGGCGACUUCGAUGAUCCAUUGGAGUUAGUGGGACUUGAGCACAAAAUUUUAUUGGAUUCGUUUGAGGGACGGCCUAUUUUCCUCAAAUAGUAUUUGAUGGAUUCACGUCGGCAAGUUUGACUGGUGUAUUGUUAAUAGUAAGGCAGACAUGUGCUUGCGUCCAUUGCGGAACCAACCAACAAGUAUCAAGCUCGUUGCCCAGCCCUUUGUUCUUGUACAUCAUAUUGUGGUGAUUAGACUGAAGAAAAUUAAGCCGCUGUGCGAUAUGGGCACAAGAAGCGUAAGUUUACAGGAGGCGCCGCUUCUUUGAGCACAGUAGUCCAACACUUUUUCGUAAUGUCGUUCGAAAUGUCGCGGCGUAUCAUGGUGCCUUGUGCGAUUUCAGUGGUUUGCCCUUGUCGUAGUAAACUUCCCGGCUUUCUUCGAUCCAACAGUUCAAUAGGGAACACGCUAAAAUAGCUAGCCCUAAAAGUGUAAAAAAGAUCAACGGACCAAGUGACUCUGCCGCCACAGUCUCUUGCGUUCGAGCGGCCAU